GCCAGAGAAUCCUGGGGACAGCAGCCCACAGCCACAGUGCUGCCUCUCCUACCCACGACUCUCACACCAACUGCCUCUAACGGACUCUGAACUGAAUCCGCUUCAAACUCACUCUAACAGCUGCUUGCUCUGAAGGACCCUAAGGGACACUCCUUAACGGACUCUAAAGGGCGCCCCUCUAACGGACUCUAAGGGGCACCCCCUCUGACGGACUCUAGGGGGCACCCCCUGUUACAGACUCUAAAGGGCACCCCCUCUAACGGACUCUAAACGCACCCCCUAUAACGGACUCUAAGGGGCACCCCCUCUAACGGACUCUAAGGGGCACCCCCUCUAACGGAUACUAAAGGGCACCCCCUCUAACGGACUCUAAGGGGCACCUCCUCUAACGGACUCUAAGGGGCACCCCCUCUAACGGACUCUAAGGGGCACCCCCUCUAACGGACUCUAAGGGGCACCCCCUCUAACGGACUCUAAGAGGCACCCCCUCUAACGGACUCUAAGGGGAACUCCCUCUAACGGACUCUAAAGGGCAUCCCCUCUACCGGACUCUAAGGGGCACCCCCUCAAACAGACUCUAAAGGCACUCGCUCUAACGGACUCUAAGGGGCACCCCCUCUGACGGAUACUAAAGGGCACCCCCUCUAACGGACUCUAAGGGGCACCUCCUCUAAAGGACUCUAAACCCCCUCUGACUGUCUCAGCUGUCCUGCCAUGGCCUGUGUGGAUGUGGAGACCCCUGGCAUCUGCAGGACUCCGUUUAGAUCAGGUCUCCAGGUGUGUCUUCAGCAAAGGUGUACCCGUGAGCAGCUGAACCAACAGGGCGUCAUGCCAUCCCUGAAGUCUCCAGCCACCUUCCACAAACAGAUCCACAGCCUAGAGAGAGCAAGGCACACAGAAAACGUCGUAAAGCACAAGAUCAAGAGGCGGCCAGAGUGCUCUGAUCUGCUCCAUAUGCACGUCCUGCAAGAAACCCAGGCGGAGGGCCCUCAGCUGAAGAGAGCACGGCUGGCACAGCGCUCUGGGCCCCUGGAGCUCCUGGAGAAGAACGUCCUGCCCAUAAACUCCACUGUCAAGGAGGCCCUCAGUGUUGGGGAGGAAGGCAGCACUCAGACACGUGAUGUGUACACCUUUGAUGAGGACAGUGGUGAUGCCCUGUCCUACAAGCAACUGGCCAAUCAAAGGCCACCUCCAGAGGAACUCAAACCGACUGAUGUCCUCAACCCUGUCCUGCAGUCCUACCCACCAACCACGCAGUCCCCUGCAGACUUCCUCAAGCCAGUCCCCACCAAUGAGCAGCCAGUCCAUCGCCCAUUGGCCGCCUCACAGCUAAUCACCAUGGUCAGUCCUGACAAGACAGACACCGCCCUGGUGAAGCACAGCCUGCCCGAGCCAGCGGCAGACCGGAGCCGUGGGAGGAAGGUGCCGGACGGCCGGCCGAAGGUGAGGAAGCUGAAGUACCAUCAGUAUGUGCCGCCGGACCAGAAGCCCGGGCCCGGCAGGCUGAGCGCGGACUCGCCCUGCGGCCACCUCCUGCAGCAGCACGUCUUCCUGCAGCUCCAGAUCCUCGGCAAGCAGCAGCAAGCGCAGCACUGCAGCUACCAGGCCAUCCCGCCGGCCACGCUAACGUCAGUGGCAGAAGAGCAGAACAUCAGUGAGGCAGUGAGUAGUAAUAAAAGCCAGCCCACUGUGGUGCCCUAUGCCAGUUCUGCCCCCACACGGACACACUAUGAUCCCAUCAGCAGCAAUCCUGCCCUACCUGUCAAUCUCAACGAAAUGAAGGUUGCCAGACUGAGGCAGGAGCUGAGGCUGAGGAGACUUCCUAUAUCAGGUACCAAGGCCGAGUUGAUCGAGAGACUGCGGCCGUUCCAGGACAGCCUGGUGGCGGGGUCUCCACAGGGGGCGCCACAGAGCACGAGCCCCACGCCCCCGCCCUCCGUGUCCCCCACCCCCUCUGAGCCGCCGGGGCCCGGGGCCGAGGACGAGCAGCUCCGGGAGAAGGAGCGGCAGAUCCAGGAGCUGAAGAGGAGGCUGCAGCAGGAGCGCCGCAGGGUGGAGGAGCUGAGGAGGGAGCUGGAGGGAGUGGAGAGGAGAGGCCAGGAGGAGGAAGAGCGCAGAGCGGCCCCCGCCCUGCCCCUGGAGGUGAAGCAGGAGGAGCCUCUCCCCAACCCUCACCCAGGUCCGCCGGAGGCCCCGACUGGCAGCCGGAUCCUGCUGCCUGUGUCUGCCACUGCCCUGCUGCUGCUUAGCAACAACACCAGCCAGCAGGUCUUCCCAGCAUGCACCACCUCCGGUUCUGGGCUGGGUCUCAGGCUGAGCCAGGCAGGGGCCGAAGGGACCCAGAGUUUUCCAAACAGCAACAACAAGAGGGGACCCCUUUCCAUGGCCACUCCCAACAGACCCAUAUACAGGACACCCAUCUCCACUGACCACGCCCCAAAGGCAAAGGACCCGCCCCGCUAUGAGGAGGCUGUCAAACAGACUCGUAGCCUGCAGGCACAGGUUCCCAUUGUAACCAGCCAACCGAUGGAUGAUCUGUUUGACAUACUGAUCGAGAGUGGAGAGAUCUCCCCCACAGUGAGGCAUAGUCUCCCGUCUACUCCAGUCACCGCCAGCAUCAGCACCCUGCCCAUCAACUCCGCCCUGUCCCGCCCACCGCCACACGUACAGGUGGCCCCUCCUACCCCAGCCCUCCACUCUGCCCUGACCCCUGACCCCAGGUCGACCCCUCCCACCCCGGUCACCUUGGCAGCAGACCAGCAGCUGCAGGCCUUUCUGGAGGACACGUUGUCGGGCAGGGCAGAGGGGGCGGGGCCACAGACACUGCACUGCCCAAUGCUGGACUCCCCCAUGGAGGAUGCCCCGCCCCUCUGCCCUGCUUUCCAGCUGCAGGUUGGCGGGAUGGACAUGGAGUGGCUGGAGCUCCCCACGGCGGCCGGGCCCGGGGGGGUGCUAGGUCCUGUCAGCCCUCUUGGCAUCCUCUCCCCCGACCUGCUGGACGGACAUGGCUUCCAACUCCACUGGGACUGAGGGUUUCUGCUGAGGGACCUUCAUGGGGACCUCCAUAGCAGCUACAUUCACUUCAGCUAAAACUCCAGAAAACUUGACAGAGGGAAUGCCCCCUAUUUCAUUCCUGAACACUAGCCAGACUUGCUUCCAGACCAACUGUAACCACCAUUGGACACCUAUUUCACUAACCCACCAUACCCCUCCUAACAUGGCCACCCAAAACCAGGUUUCCAGAAAAAGCUUCGGAUGUGUUUACCAUGAUCAUUGUUUGUACUUUUUUCUGUGAAAGAGCUGGUUCUCUGCUCAUUUCUGGGGUAGAGAAGAUGUGAAGGAGGUGAGUGUGGUGGUGGUGGGGGGGUCAGACUGCUCGACCCCUAUAUUGUAUAUGCCACGUGUGGAGUGUGAACAGGGCAGGAGGGGGUGUAGUUUUGGGUCAUGACUGUAACCUGAAAGCAGCUUCAACGUCCUAAAGCCACAGAAUAUAUCCCGCAGGAGACCCGAGUAACAUCCAGACUUGGCCCACCACCUUUCAUCUGCGGCCAUUCUCCACUGCACUGUCGGACCACUGACUUUUUCUGUAGAGUUGGAAUAUUUUAAAGAGUUUUACUGGAUUGAGACCGGGGAGGGAAAAGCCUGUAUCUGCACGUGUGCCAGUAAAUACAUAUGUGCAUCUA